AUGCCGAGAACUAUAGUUGAGGCCGAGGCCUUGCUCCGAGAACACGUGGCUUCGGGACAUACCCUUGCUAGACUACUUGCGGCUGUUGUGAGCCGAGGUAGGGCUGCUUCUUGGGGACUUGAAGUGGCAAUGCCGAUCCCCAAUGAUCUCUGGAGGGGUGCACCGACAGUGCACAAGACCGUCUCCCGAGUUGGUGAUUGUGUCAACCAACGGGUUUUUCAAGUUGUGCUUCAUGGAGAUGGAGAUGAUCAAAAAAGGAAUCUCAUGGUGUCUCAAACAAUUGCAGCGAUCAUCAUCAAUGAUGCUCAAAGUAUCCGAGAAGUGAUACCAACCGCCAUUAACUAUGGGGCUCGGGGUAGUGCUAAUGAGAGCCCGAAUGCGCUGGGUAUAUCGGCUUGA